AUGGCAUCUCCCGGCCCUCCUCCAGGGCCUCCGGGUGCGCAACCCUUCACGCCGCAACAGAUCCAGCAGAUGAUAGCGCUGGAAGCUCAAAAACGCGGCAUGACCAUUCCUCAAUUCCAGGCCUUCCAACGUCAACAUAUCGAAACCGAAGCAGCCAAAGCCGGAAUGAGCCCUCAGCAAUUUAUUCAGAUGAAGCAAGAGGAGGCCAGGCAGGUGUACAUGCAACAGCAACAAGCCCAGCAACAGCUACAACAGGGCCAACCCCAACGUCAAGGGCAACCUGGGCAGGCUCAGAAGCAACCACCACAAGGAACCACACAGGUCCAACAUAUCCCUGUCAACGCCAAUGUCGAACCUACGCCAGCUGCUCUAGCAGUCGCAAAGUUUCUCCGCUCUCAAGAUCUGAAGACGCGGACAUGCAUAUUCAACGGACAGAGAAAGGACAUGUUUAAAGUCAAACGCGCAUUCCGCGCCCUCAACUCCGAUGCCUACAAGAAAGCCCAGAAGAAGAAUACUCUCCUUCCCAAAGUCGAAAACGACCUGGAAGCCCGCGCUGCCCUACAGCUCCUACCGCUCUCCAUGUUAGCCCUUCGAGUCUCCAAGAAAGACCCUCAUGAAGGACACAACCAUGCCAAACCCAAGAAGGAGAAGAGAGUGAAAGGACUGUGGGAAGUCAAGAUUGAACAACAGCAGGAUUUCGAUCCCAUGAUGCACUAUGUCUGGCUGUACGAAGGUCCACAAUGGAAGACCAAGAUCUGGGCUGGUGUUGUUCUCCUUGCAGUCUUUGCAGCAGUCCUCUUCCCUUUGUGGCCACUUAUUCUCAGGCAAGGCGUGUGGUAUCUCUCGGUCGGUGCGAUGGGACUGAUCGGUCUAUUUUUCGCCAUGGCCAUUUUCCGCCUCAUCCUCUUCGUCGUCACCUUCUUCCUUGUUCCACCCGGGCUCUGGCUAUAUCCCAACCUCUUUGAAGAUGUGGGUUUCUUCGACAGUUUCCGUCCAUUCUGGGGAUGGCACGAAACGAAAGACGACGUCAAGCGGAAAAAGAAGGAGAAGAAGGCCAGAAAGGCCCAGAAGCUUGCCUCGGAAUCUGGUAAAACCGAUCUUGCACCUGCUGGCCCGACUGAAAGUGCAAAAACUGCCUCUCCCACAAAUGGCUCUGCCAUUAGUUCGUCGGUCGAACCCGUAUCCGAAUCCACUCCGGCCAAGCGACAUGCUGCGCCGACAGUUGAGGAAGUUAACGAUGAAUGA